AUGAUUUCAAAGAUAUAUGCUUGCCUGUUGCUCGGCGCUGCUCACGUAUACGCUCAGCAGCCGCUCCGAGUCGUUUCAUUCAACAUUCGCUAUGAUAAUACCGACCUCAGCAUUGCCGAUGUUGAACGGGGUUGGUUGGGAUUGACAUGCGUCAGCGAUCAGACCCUCUGUCGCGCACCUGGUGUCAUUGGCACUCUGUUUAAUACAACCUCUGAGGUCUCGAAUGUUGCUGUGAUCGGUCUGCAGGAGACACUUGACAACCAAUUGUCCGACAUAAUGACUUCAUUCGGCUCCGACUGGGCAAGCAUAGGCGUAGGUCGUGAUGAUGGAGAAAAAAAAGGAGAAUUCAACCCUAUCAUCUACCGCAAGGAUGUUUUCGAAGUGGAGUAUUCGGAGACGAAGUGGCUUUCUCUGACACCAGACACGCCAUCUAAGAGCUGGAACUCGGGCAGCAACCGCAUUGUGACCAUCGCUGUGUUCAAGCACACGGCAACCGGGAGGAGAUUCAUCCACGCAAACACGCACCUGGACAAUGCCAGCGGUGAGGCUAGAACCAAUCAGAUAGGUGUAGCUGUGGAUUUGGUCAAGGCCGUUGACGCUCAAUACGGUCCUAACCUGCCUGUUACACUGACCGGAGACUUCAAUGCCGGGGACGGUGAUGCGGCAUACAAGACCCUCGUGGGUGAGAAGUACGUUCAAGACUUAUACUCGCUUGCAUCAUCAGGUCAACGCAGUGGGGAGACAGCCACCUAUACAGGGUUCAGUGACGAGUUUUCGUCGCGCAUCGACUAUAUUUGGAUCGGCCCUGAGGGUGCAAAUGCGUUCUCUGUGAACGGGUAUAAAACUCUAGACAACUUUGUGAAUGGGGUAAAGAUUAGCGAUCACAGGCCGGUUGUUGGAGAUGUGACUCUCAACUAA